CUGAAAUAGAGACACUGAGCCAAGAAAAGGUGAAAAUGACUGAAGAAAAGGACAAGCUUGAAAUUCACUGCGAAAAACUGACUGAGGAAGCUUCCUAUGCAAAAGAGCUGGCUGCAGAUGCAGCAGUUGAGCUGCGUAACUUGGCUGAAGAAGUGACAAAACUUACUUACCAAAAUGCUAAACUGACUGCUGAUCUGGCUGCUGCAAAGGAGGCUUGUUGUAUAUCUAACUCCUUUCAAAGAUCUGCUUCAUUUGAUGUGAAGAAAAAUAGUGGCAAUGAUGCUCAACCUGAUGCAUGCUCAAGAAAACCCGACAAUGUAUUGGUGGGGGAGUUGCAGCAUGAACUUAACACAAGAUACCAAAAAGAAACUUCUUUGGUAACCGCAUUAUCUGAGAGUGAUGAAAUAGCAGAUGAGCUGCGGAAAAGACUUAAUGAAGCAAAGUGUCGUGAAGAAGAUCUGGAAAAUGAGCUGGCCAAUAUGUGGGUGCUAGUUGCAGAGAUGAGGAAGUCUGGCAUGAAUUAUGAGGACAUUUCUUCACAGGGGGAUCAUGUUUCUAACAAUUUGCAAACAGUAGUUGGAAAUAGAUUUUCUUCAUCUAAUGGUGUUUCCAAAAAACCAUAUGAACAAGACAACAAAUGUGGAAACAUGAAUGAGAAGAGUACAUUUGAAGAAUUAAAAGCUAAUUACCACAGAGAAAGGAGAAGGUGCAAAGAACUAGAAAGUUUGGUUUUGAGAUUGAAGGGAGAUGAUAUUUCUGGUCUCGAUAUCACUUCUCUUGAAGAACUUCAAAACCUUCAUGUUGAGGUUUCCGAAUCAAAGCCGCCAGAGGACAACAGACAGAAACUGUGGUUUAACCGGAGAUGGGGGCAGCAGAGUGGUUUGCCCGUUGAUGAAACCCACAGAGCUGGUGGACAGAAAAUCAGAGAGAUUGCUUCCCUCUGUCAAAAAUGGGGAGUGAAAGUUCUCUCUGUUUUCGCAUUUUCUACUGAAAACUGGGUUCGCCCUCAGGAGGAGGUUGACAUUUUGAUGAACCUUUUUGGAGAGCAGAUGAUAUCCAUAUUUCGGGGAGGCUAUGAGGUAAUGACAGGUGUUCGAGUUUCUAUAAUUGGUGACAAGUCAAGGCUUCCCAUGAUAAUACAGAACAUGGCAUGUGAACUAGAGGAAUCCACAAAGGCCAACACUCAGUUCCAUAUCAUCGCUGCACUCAACUAUGGCGGACAACAGGACAUAACCCAAGCUUGCAAAAAAGUCGCCGGAAAAGUGAAGGAAGGGCUUAUUCAGGUGGAAGACAUAAACAACAACCUAAUCGAAGAAGAGCUAGAAACAAAUUGUGCAGAGUACCCAAAUCCUGAUUUACUUAUCAGAACGAGUGGAGAGAUCAGAGUUAGCAACUUCAUGUUGUGGCAGCUAGCUUAUACCGAAAUGUUACUUGUAGACAAACUGUGGCCUGAUUUUGAGGAAUCAGAUUUUGUGGAGGCUUUGAGGUCUUUUCAGCAGAGGCAGAGUGUCACGCCCCGAGAAUUCUGUGACACAAGGAGCAGCGUGGGCAAGAUGCUGAAGGCGCUGGAAGGUUCCGGAAUGUGGGAGACCAACCUAGAGUAUGCUGGAAGACUCUAG